UCAAAAAUUUCCCGGUGACUUCAGAUCCAAGGAGGUGGUCAGAUCUGUGGGAGCACGAUUCAAACCAGAGAACUUUCAGUUUGAGCCGUAGUGCAGUUUCAGACUUGGAAUCGCAUCUCUGCCUGCAGUUUUCACUUUGGAGAAAAACAUGAGAUGCAACGGGCGGAUAAACAUUGAACGCAAUCCAUGAGAUAGGCUACACAACAAUCUCCUUGUGAUAACAGAGCGAAUUGUGAAACGAUUUUCUCAAAUUUUAUCGUUCGCAUUUUAACUUGGAGAGCAAUUUCUUGCCUAGAUUUUUUGUUUUGCAGUUGCGCAUUGAAACUUUACCUGUGCAUUAUGAAAAGGAUAAAUCAAUGAAAUCUACACGCUUGCUUGCGCAUUUAUUUUUGUUAACAGAUUUCUUCAUUCGAAUGAAAGAAAAUCCCGCUUAGGUUGUGAUUGCGGAUGACUUCAGAAGCGAACCUUGUUAAGUGUAAUUAAGAAACAGCCGUAAUAUCAGAAUAAUAUUGGAUAAUUGCUUCUGUUUGUUGUUUUGGAUUUGAAAAUGGAUCGUUUUGGGAUUUUUGUUUCAUUAGUAUUAACUAUUGUACUAGCACAAAUGUGUGACAGUCAAAAGGACUUUGCAGGUGGCAGGCACGAGGGUGCAGGCGCUCGAGAUGUGUGGGAUCAGGAACGUGCGCGAGCCAGAAAUCAGGGUCACAGUACUGGGGGAAUUGGAGACGAUUCCUCGGCCAGACAACCGACUGAAAGUUCGUACAGGACUCAUAACAAUAACUCACGUUCAGGCAGGGGGACUGAACAGCUGAAGAGCGCAUUGUCACAGCAAGAAAGUAGACACGCGACUGUGGUUGAAACUGGUAGCCCAGUUACACCACAGAAAACGGAUGCAUCGUACAAGGAGUGGGACUCUACCGUUCCUUCGGACAGCACACGCAUAACCCCAAAUCAACGAACAGCUAGCAACCCAUCUCAGCAAAGACACCGGAUAACUACCAGGCAGAACCCUACUGGUAGCGGAAAUAAACCCAGGACUACAAGUCUUAGACGUCUUGUUGGGCCCAACGUAUGUGGAGGACAGCAAUGCUGUUCUGGAUGGGCUGUGGCCCCGGGGACAAAUCGAUGCAUCAAGCCGGACUGCCAGCCCCCCUGCCAGAACCGGGGCUCCUGCAGCCGACCCCACACCUGCGUGUGCCGUUCCGGGUUCCAGGGCGCCCACUGCGAGGAGGUGGCCCCGGAGCAGGUGUACAUCCGCACGGGCGCCUCCCGGGCCCUCAUGCCCGUCCGGCCCGGCGGCGGCGGCAGCGGCGGCGCCCAGCAGCAGCGCAGGAGGCCCGGCGGCGGCAGCACCAGGACUCAGACUCCCAGACCGCAGGCCCCAGUCACGAGACGGCCCCUUGCCACCGCGUCUCAGGUGAGACGAGGAUCGGCGGACUCCUCCCCCCAGCAAACAGGGAUGUCCCGGACCGUCAAGCGCUACCCAUCAUCCAACUGGCCUAUCACCUCCAAUGCUCUGCCCAAUGGGAACGGCAACAGACAUCAUAGCGACCAGAGACUCACCGUCGACCGCCAGGGGGGUGACAACCUCAACAAUGCUGUGGCCCCCAUAGGGGCCAACGGCACCUCCAGCCUGGACCGCAUCAAGAUCGUCUUCACCCCCAUGGUCUGCCGGCGGACCUGCAGCGGCGGCCGCUGCUUCAACAGCUGCGAGAAGGGCGACACCACCACUGUCUACAGCGAGAACCAGAACCAGAACCAGCAGCCCAAGCCCCAGGGCUUCCGCCUCUUCUUCUGUCAGCUUCCCUGCAUGAACGGCGGACGCUGCAUCGGGAGGGACCAGUGCUGGUGCCCGUCAAACUCCACGGGGAAGUUCUGUCACCUCCCCGCCCCCCCUCCUCAGAAGCCCCAGCCCGCCCAGAAAGAGGUCGCCCAGCCCGGACACAACUCGCACUCCAUGUACACCCUGCCCCUCUCCAACCAGCAAGCCUCCAUGCACCCAUCCCUGGUGAAUGUGCACAUCCAGCAUCCGCCCGAGGCAGAGGUGCAGAUCCACCAGGUGGCCCGGGUCAAGCCUGGCCAGAUGCCCCCUGCCGGGCGGGACACCAGCGCAGAUGGGGUGCACUCUGUGCAGCAGCGCUCCCAGCCAGGGAACGGGAACGGGAACGGGAACGGGAGCGGGAAGGGCAUCGACAACGGCAACGGCAACGGCAACGGCCACACCAGGCCACACAGCCGGCAGAAUGGCUACGUGGGCAGGUGCUUCCAGGAGACCAUUGACGGACAGUGCGGUAAGCCACUUCCCGGCCUGACCAAACAGGACGACUGCUGUGGCAGCGUGGGAGCCUCCUGGGGUCUGAACAAGUGCACAGAAUGCCCCCCCAAACCAGCCUAUGCAGUGAUUGCAAAUGGCCAAGUCGAGUGCCCUAAAGGUUACAAGAGGAUGAACCUGACUCAUUGCCAAGAUAUAAACGAGUGCCUGAUGCCUGGGAUUUGUAAGAACGCGGAGUGUCUGAACACCAAAGGUAGCUACAGGUGCACCUGCAAGCCCGGAUACAUGCUGGACGCUGCCAGGAGCCACUGCGUCUCGGACAAGGCCGUUUCCGACAAGAGGGGCGUGUGCUACCGCUCCACGUCGGCCGGGACCUGCUUCCUGCCCCUCACCCAGCACAUCACCAAGCAGAUCUGCUGCUGCAGCCGCGUGGGCAAGGCCUGGGGCCCGGCGUGUGAACGGUGCCCGGUGCCCGACACAGACCAUUUUAAGGAGAUCUGCCCGGCUGGCCAUGGCUACACUUACUCCAGGUCAGACAUACAGAUCUCAUUACGGCAGGUGGAGGAGGAGGAGCUGAGGAGGACCGACGAAUCCCAGCAUCCACUGCCCCCUCCUCACCACCAUCGCCCCCAGCAACCCCAAAUCCCACAGUAUCCCUCGUUCAUUCACCCUGACACUGAGCCUCCCAGGACACCCAUCUGGCAACCAGAAGAUGUUGAAAUAUUGAGAACACCUGCUGCUGUGACAGAUUCUCCCUCGAGGAAUCAAGAUGUGUUAGAGAGGACCACCCCCCACUAUACCAUCAACCUGAAGCCAGAGCCUGAGGGCCGCGACACCACAUCCAUAAACGUUGUUACCCAGGUUACAGAUGUUGACAGAUGUUCCAUCACCCCCACCAUCUGUGGUCCAGGGGUGUGUGUGCCAGUGCAGACGGGCUAUACCUGCCACUGCCACCCGGGCUACCAGCUCAAUGCACUGCAGACUAAGUGUUUGGACGUUAAUGAGUGCGACAGCGACCCCUGUGGAGGCAAAGGGCACUGCCUGAACAGUCUUGGCUCCUACACUUGCCACUGCUAUACUGGUUACAGCCAGGUCAUCACUCAGAACAAGAGGUUCUGCCAAGAUGUGAACGAGUGUGACAUGCCCAACAAGUGCCCGGGCAGCCGCUGCAUCAAUACAGAGGGCUCCUACACCUGCGAGUGCGAGAGUGGCUAUGCCAAGAGCUGGAGAGGGCAGUGCGAGGACAUAGACGAGUGCCGAAAGCCCAACGCCUGUCCCGAAGGAAGAUGUCUGAACACCCCUGGCUCCUUCCAGUGUCUGGCCUGUGGCCCCGGGUUCAAGGCGGCUGGCGGGAGGUGUCUGGAUGUCAACGAGUGUCAGAUGCCUGGGGUGUGUGCCCACGGCAGGUGUGUCAAUAUGGAAGGCUCAUACACGUGCAUUUGUAACGCUGGCUAUCAAGCCAGCCCAGACAACAACAGUUGCCAAGAUGAGGAUGAGUGUCAGCUGCCAGGAGUCUGCCAUCAGGGCAGGUGUGUGAACCUGGAGGGGACCUACAGGUGUAGCUGUAACCUGGGAUACCAAGCCAGCCAAGACGGCACACUCUGCGAAGAUAUCGAUGAAUGCACAACCAGAAAUGUGUGCCCUUAUGGAAUAUGCACCAACACUGAAGGUUCCUACUCAUGCUCCCACUGCAGGCCGGGAUAUGUUCGUUCAGCAAAUGGACAGAGAUGUGAAGAUGUGGACGAGUGUGCUCAGGGGACAGUUUGUCCAGGUGGGGUCUGCACCAACACAGAGGGCUCUUUUACCUGUGAGCAGUGCCAAAGGGGCUAUAGGCUUUCCCAGGACAAGCGGAGGUGUGAGGAUGUGGAUGAGUGUCUCACUCCUUCUGUGUGCCACAAUGGGAUUUGCCUGAAUGCUGAGGGCUCCUACUCCUGUGUCCCCUGCCCCAGUGGCUACAUCGUGUCUGCUGACGGAGAGCUUUGUGAAGACAUCGAUGAAUGCACGUCAGUCACAACGUGCCCCACGGGAACCUGCAUCAACACGGAAGGUUCCUUCAGGUGUAUCACCUGCGGGCCUGGCUUCAGAAUGGCGGAGGAUGGGCAGUGUGAAGACGAGGACGAGUGCGCGCAGCCGGGCGUGUGCCCGGGCGGGGUGUGCCGGAACACAGCCGGCUCUUUCUCCUGCAUGGCCUGUGGAACGGGCUUCAGGGUGUCUGCGGACGGCUCCGUGUGCGAAGACGUGGACGAGUGCCUGGUGGCCAACGUGUGUCCCGGCAGGCUGUGCCGUAAUUCUGCGGGCUCGUUCUCCUGCAGCAGCUGCGGGCCGGGGUACGCGCUGAGCGAGGACGGGUACGGCUGCGAAGAUAUAGACGAGUGCCUGUCCCCUGGAGUGUGUCCGUCAGGCGUGUGCACCAACACGGAGGGCUCCUACUCCUGCGUGUUCUGUGAUGCUGGCUACACCCUCAGCGCCGACAGACAAACCUGUGAUGCGGUGGAAGGAGCCACAGCUGGGCAGGAGAUUUCGCUCGCUCUCCCUCGCCCUCCCUCGCUCUCAGACGUGGACGAAUGCGCCGACGGGAACACGUGCUCAGGGGGCCAGUGCCUGAACACGGACGGCUCCUUCCACUGCGUGUGCGAGGCCGGCUUCAAGUUCCACCCGGAGACGGGCCAGUGCAAAGACAGGGACGAGUGCAAGGAGUACGGCAGCAGCGUGUGCGGGUCCUGGCACUGCGAGAACACCCUGGGCUCCUACCGCUGCUUCAUGGGCUGCCAGCCGGGCUUCCACGGCCAGGACGCCGGAGACUGCGACAUCGACGAGUGUGUCAACGAGACGAUCUGUGGAGACCACGGGUUCUGUGAGAACACGGACGGCUCGUACCGCUGCCAGUGCGACCUGGGGUAUACCGACUCCCCCGACGGCCCGGGGUGUGUGGACAUCAACGAGUGCGAGAUGAGCACAGCGCUGUGUGGGCAGUUCCUGUGUGAGAACGUGGAGGGAACCUUCCUGUGUAUCUGCCCCAAUGAGAACGAGGAAUACAUCCCGGCCACCGGCCAGUGCCUGAGCCGCUCGGGGAUGAUGGACCCCAUAGAUGACCCCGAGCUUGCCCCGGGGCCCUCUGAUGACGAGGAGAGGAAGCAGUGCUACUACAACAUCAACGACGCCAACUUCUGCGACAACGUGCUGUCCCGCAACGUCACCAAGCAGGAGUGCUGCUGCACGGUGGGGGCUGGCUGGGGGGAUAACUGCGAGAUCCACCCGUGCCCCUUCCCCGGGAGAGCGGAAUUCAGCCAGCUGUGUCCGCACGGCAGGGGCCUGCUCCCCCUGAGGGGUCCGUCCCAGGGCUUCGGCCAGCAGCUCUUCAAAGAUGCGGACGAGUGCGAGAUGUUUGGGCCUGAGAUCUGCGAGACGGGCCGCUGCUCCAACUCGUACUCCACGUACUCCUGCUUCUGCCGCACGGGCUACUACUACGACACCGUCCGGCUGGAGUGCGUGGACCACGACGAGUGCCUGGCGGAGAACACCUGCGUGGACGGCAGCUGCUUCAACACCGCCGGCUCCUUCAACUGCUUCUGCAGCCCGCCCAUGAUCCUGGACCACACGCGCCGGCGCUGCGUCGCUGUCAACGGCUCCGAGGAGAGCCACGACCCGGACGAAGACUACCACGUGGACAUCUGCUGGCAGGGCCUGACAGGGGAUAACAUGUGCUCCGACCCCCUGGUGACCAAGAGGACCACCUACACGGAAUGCUGUUGUCUGUUUGGAGUGGCCUGGGGCAGCCAGUGUGCCUUCUGUCCUGAGAGGAGCUCUAAUGACUAUGCCUCGCUAUGCAACCUGCCCAGAAGGAUUCUAGAAGAUACCGACAGCCUGCGGGAGAGGCCGGGCUAUGAGUACGGGCCUGACGGGUCGGAGGGCCCCGACGGCGCCCUCUACUGGGGCGGUUACGUGCCUGGCGGCCGCGGCAGCUACUACAACACUCCGGGAUCUGAGUACGGGCCCCAAGACCCCCAGCCAGGCUCCUUCUACCCCGGGCCGGACUCUAGCGAUGACUACGGCUCCCGCGAGGCGGCAAGGAGCCCUGUACUCCGGCCCAGAGAGUUCCAGCCCCACCUAGUGGACCCCUACAGCGAGCGCUACGACGGCUUCGAGGGGCUGCAGGCGGAGGAGUGCGGCGUCCUGAACGGCUGUGAGAACGGGCGCUGCGUGCGCGUGCGCGAGGGCUACACCUGCGACUGCUUCGACGGCUACGAGCUCAACCUGGCCAAGAUGGCCUGCAUCGAUAUCGACGAGUGCAAAGACAUCGGCGACAAGGUGCCGCUGUGCAAGAACGGGGCGUGCGCCAACACGGAGGGCUCGUACCGCUGCACCUGCCUGCCCGGCUUCCAGGCCUCCGCCAGGCCCCACGAGUGCAUCCCAGAAGCCCCUGCGUCCUCCCAGAGAGAGGCGGGAAAGUGAGGGCGUGUCGCGGCGCAGUUCUCCGUGCUCUCGCCCAAUCCUCCCCCUCCCUCCUUCCCUCCGUCUCUCUGCCCGCACCACCGCCCCCCAGCCCUCUCCCUGGGCUUGGCACUAAACUUUCAAUAGAACAGCAGGAAUGUCAGCCCUCCCCUCAGAACAGAUACACACACACACACACGCCGCAACACACACACACAACACACACACGCAGACACACACACACACCACACACACACACACAGACACACGCACGCAGACACACACACACACACACACACACACACACACGAGGACCCGGGUGGGAAAGAGCUGUGCAGUGAAUGUAUUGCAUGGGAUUUGUUACUUUGCUCUGUUUGCAUUUGCCUUAAAGGGAUCUCUAUGAGGAUUGACUCCAGGCAUUCCACUCCUCGCUCCAGCCCUAAUAGUCCAAUCGGGUUCGCUCACAUUUUCCUGUCCUCAUACGGAGCUUCAUGUACAUACACUUCUUUGGACAUUUUUUUCUUUCGUUCUAUGAAUUAUUUAUUUCUUUUAGAGUAUAAAGCUUUUUAAACUAAUAGUGCUAAAUUAUGUUUUGUAAAAAAAUAUAUAUAUAUAUUAUAUAAUGAAUAAAUUCUGACUGGUCAUGUGGUUUUAAUUAUGAUUGUUCUGGAAAGAUACAGCCCUUACAAAAACAUCCUGGAGGACAGGCCAGUUCCUCUGUGGUCCUAUUGGAUGUUUUUGUAAGAGUGUAAGGAAAUGGCACAGAUCACAACCAUAAAAGCAUCUGUAACCAGUGUUCACUGUACCCAGCUCUUCACCACUCACAAGUCCUCAAGCGAUUAUGUAAGGGCAGUGAUGUUUCAUAUCUGCAGACACUUGGGUUUUAAAUUCCAUUUUCUUCACGAUCUUUGUAUCCACAAGCACAAAGCAGGAAAACCAGUUUUGACGACAAGCUCACCUCACAGUAGCCCACGUUUCCACCACUGGAACAUACAGUAUACAGCAUAACGGUCCUUUAUUUUGCUAUAGCCACUCAUGUUUUUGCGUAAAUACAUUAUGCACCUUCAUAUUAUGGAAAACGAUUCAGUGUUGUUCUUUUUCUACCGUAAUUUUGGUAACAAGAUCUAUCCAUCCCUGCACAUAUUAACAGUGAGCAUGUGCGUGGUGUCGAGCCCUUUUCACUCAUUGGCUGUGUUUGAAUGGUCAGCGAAAUGGCUUCUUCACGGAAGCCCACAGAUGAUUCAGACAGAAUGACCUACAGAUCUUUAAGAGCACAUUAUGUUAUCCAGGCUCUGCUAAAGCUAGAAGAUUGUUUCACAAAGGAAAAGGCGUACCCUUGAGGACACACCAAGACACAAACAUCUUAACUCCCACUAUAACCUAGAUACAUGGUCCCUAAUGACCUCUUCUGCUGGAGGUGGAGUUGAUCUCGAGUGGCGUUGGUGUCAAGAGGCAGUAUUUGGAGGAUAAACAAGGUCUUGCCCAACCAACACAAUGUUCGUUCAAUGUUCCUCUGUCUAAUGCAACAUUACAAUACUACAAAUUACAGCAACUGUAACAUAGUCAUUGCAAGAAUGGUAUGUGUUAGUUGGGAAGUGGCGUAAAUGUAUAUGGUGAGCUAUUUUAUGUUUGAUGGUUUUUUACAAGCCAGCCUUUGCUACACAGCUUGUGCGGGCAUAUGUAAGGACAUUCAACAUGUAUUAGCACACAUGCAGUAAGACUAAAGAUACAAUGCUCAAGCUCUCCAUUAAAUGUUUACAGAGUGCAUUCACAUUGUGUUUGUCAGAUCCCAUGUAAGAUCAUUCCCACAGAUGCAGACCAGAACGGGAGAUACUAGAGCAUUGUUGAAGGGGUUUGGAAUAUUUUGUACAGAUCUAGUAUUAUGUAAUUAAAUUCUUUGUGAUAUAUUCUAACUAGAUAUAUAGCACAACCAAUAUUUUUGCUUGACAAAAAUGAAAAAGAACCAAAAAAACAUUCAAUAUAAUGACUUAGCUAUGUAGAUUUUAUAUCUCUGUAAAAUUGUUGUUUUUUUAACAUAUCUUUUAUGUAUGAGAAAAAUGGUUUACACUGUACCAUAGAAAGUGUAUGUAUCCUGCCCUGUGGAGCAGACAUUGGAAAUCAUUUUGGGGCUUGGCAGUACUCUGUAUCUAGCACAGUCUAAAUGUGGUGCCACUGAUGUGUGCAAGCAGUCAACCCAAUCACUUAACGAGUGAUCUAUGCCAUUGCAAUUCUGCAUCAAGGAUAAACGAGAGAUUAAAUGCUUCAUGUCUUUCACAAUACAUCUGGAUCAGAGUGGUACAUCCCAGGGAAAAGAGCACAGAUGUUUUGCUUUACAAAAUGCCUCACACUUGCUGAUGGAGCAAAAAAAUAUAUACAAAUAAAAAGAGAUCACAUUUCUUUUAUAUUCUGGCUUUUGAGUAUGAACAACAAAUGACAGCUAUCUCUCCAAAGUGCUAACAUGGUGUCUGUGUCUAGAGAGAUCUUGCCAGCCUCUAAAAAUAACGUGUCUUUUGUAUUAUUGGAUGUUGCCUUUUUCAAUGACUGAUGCCCUCAACCUGCAUUCGAUAAAGAAGGAAUUCUGUAUGCAGUGGCUACUACAACGUAGACAGUACUGUAUACUUCCCUUCAUGUAAUUAGACUAAUGAGACUCCCUUUGAGGUAAAGCAAGGGGUGAUGGUUUUUUUGUUUGUUUUUUGGUGGGGUGGGGUUAAAUACAUAAAUUAUAGGAUGAAGGGGAAGUCCCUCUGUUUGAAACUGGUCUGGAAAUAUUUUUUUGUUCAUUCUUCAUGUUUGCCUCUAACUGUAGUCACUUUCAGUCAUGAAAAUAAAAUUCAAAAGAAAAUAAAUAAA